AUGAUGAAUACGGUCCCAGAUAGUCUAUCAAUCAGUAGUCCGAAGGAUGACGAAGGGCGUUCCCGUUCAAGCACAUUGAACACUUUACCCACAGACGGAUCCAAUCCCACUUUGAAUGGCAGUAGUAGUUCCAGUGGUUUGCACCAUAUCAAUACCAACCAGACCAUUAGUAGCAGCAAUAAUAAUAGUAAGAAGCAACGGCAAAAGUUAGUUCUAUCGACGUCAUUUCUUUCCACCAAGAGAUUAGAUAAUGUCCCGCCUUCACCUGCCAGUCCACUCCAGGGGAAGAGGCCUACUACUAGUUUAAACAAGGCAUUGCAAGGAUUGAAAACUGAGAUAAAUCAAUUACAGCAGCAACUGAGUGAAACUCGCAGGAGUAAGGAAGAGGCAGAGCAUAUACGGGAUUCUACAGGAUCUGAGAUCUACUCUGGUGCAUAUUCUACAGACCAUUUACAAAAGCAUUCCAUGCGAAUAAAGGCUAAUACACAGAUACGUGAAUUGGAUAAAUUUAUCAAGAAGAUGGAGAAGAAAAUUGCAGACUUGAAACUACAGUUCGAACACACGAAGAGAUCAAGAGAAUUGUAUUGUGUACGAGAUCAUCCCAGAUCACUGCCGAGAGAAGAUAUCCCAGUGGGACUUAGGUCACCACAGGAAUCUGUUAAGGAACAUUCAUUGGAACAGACUUUAAUGGCUCAUGAUAGUCCAGUACCACAAGAGGAUAAUUUUACCCUAAGGAGUUCCCAUGAUCAGCAUGAAACAACGUUAUCUGAUGACCAUUCAUCAGAGGUACCGACAGAGAGUGAUGAGGAUGAACCCAAUGCUAAAAAUAUUGAGACGGCUACUUGGCUCGUUAGCGGAUACAUGCAAUCUCUCCAAGAUAAGAAUUCUCCAGCAGAUUUUGUUUUGAAGAAAUCAAAUGGAUUAGUGACCCUUUUAAAGCAACAUCCAGAGAUAAGAGGCAAUCUACUAUUGGAUUCGUUCAUAUACACAAUACAAGCUAUGCUUUUGAAUGAGGAUAGAGUCGUAGUUUCAUGCGGUUAUCGUAUAUGCCGAUAUCUGAUCGAUGGCGAAGAAUUCAUCCAGGAGAUGUUACGGCUUCACAUAGACGUUUGUCUGAUAAUGUCGUUUGCCAAGGAUUUUUCAUUUCAAAUGGAGAGGGAACAGGCAUUGAGAUUGGUAAGAACAUUUCUGGAGCACCGCGCUGGUAUUACAUUGGGAAUAGUACAGGCCGUUAUCAGUUGUGUGGAGAAACAAGAGGAUCCACUAAGAAAUAUGGCUAUAGAAACAUUGCUUGAAUUUUGUUUUGUGUGUCCGGAAGUGGUGAGUGAAUGUCAUGGUAUGCGUGUAUUGGAAGGGAUACUGCAAGAUCCACCUUUCCCCAUGGCUUCUAUCAUACUCGACACAAUUCUACAAUUAAUGUCGAUGCAUGCUACAAGAGUCCAUUUCUUAAACGAUUUUGACAUAUCAGUGCUAGUAACUAGUUUUUCAGAUACAAAUACCAAAUCAGCUUUGAACGUGGAAAAGAUGCAAAACACAUGUCUGUUAAUCACUAAAGCGCUUAAAGAUUAUAACGGGUUCAUGUUAUUUUCCAUGGAUAACUUCAAACCUUUAAAGGAAUUACUUUCAUUUUUCCAAGUACCCAUGUGUGCUCAAUAUCUGAUUGACAUUUUUUUAGAUGUGCUUAGGAUAAAACAACUUUCCUACGAUAAGAAUAGAGCCCAUUUCAAGCAGGUAUCCUUACACUUCUCCCGAGAAUCAAUGCUUAUAAACCAGCAUAUCGCACUUUUAAUCCUCAUGAUGUACCAUAGUAAUUUCGGGGGACAAAUUUGGGCCCUUAUAGAUCAAAAGAAGGAUCAAGGUGUGAGUUCGACGUUGAUUUCAAAAGGAAGAUUGUUGCUUGCUGAAUACAUUAACUUGGCGGCAAAUUUGUUAGAUGUCAAUGUCUUUGAUGUUAAAGGACUACCCCCCACUUGGGAACCGCUUAUUUAUGAUGAGACCUAUCAGUUUGGUAAGCUGACUUACACCAUGAAUCGAAAUAGAAACAAAUUGGGCGUUGCAGGAAUCGAUUAUGGUAAACCAGUCAAGAGUUUUUUGCAGAAUAUGACUGUAGGGACUUUAAAUCGUGAAGUGGAUGACAUUAAAUUCCGGAAAAUGGUUUUCGAUUCUAGGGUCUUACAGACAAAGGAAUUCAAUCUUUGGAACUGGAACGUGAUACAGGAACUUUUAGAAGGUCCUUUAUUAAAUGACAAGCACUUGGAUGAACUAGCGAGGUCUACCAAAUUUAUCAGAAGGCUUCUCAUUUUUUACAGACCAUUGAGAAUGAGGUUUGCCAAUGUAAACCGGGGAUCAAGACUUUCUCAGAGGUACGUUCAAGCAGGAUGCCAAUUCUUCCACAUGCUUACAUCCUCGACUGUAGGUAUGAGAAUAUUUAUGGAUGAUACAAAGAUUAUUCCUCAAUUAGCCUCUUUAUUGUUCCGAGCCAUGGAGGGACAUACGGUAGGAAACAUAUUCAAUUUAAGAUUAUUAUCAUCAAAGAUGGUGGUCGGUUAUUUCAAAUUCAUUGGUGUUCUAACCCAGUCAGGAAAUGGUAUAGCUGUCUUGACGAGAUGGAAUUUCUUCACGGUAAUUUACAAAAUGUUCCAACCAAAGUCCAAAAUUUCUUCUACGUUUUUACUUCUCACACUACCUGAAUUGGAUCUUAGAUAUUCGCGUCAUUGUAGAACAAUUAUGAGUAAGGCAUUGGUGAAUUCAGACAAGCACACUAGAAUCAAGGCCACCGAGUAUCUGGGGGAAAAAUUGAAGAGCUUGUCCUGUUUAGAUGAUACUGCUACCCAAGAUUCCGAAACUUCCAAGGACAAUGAUCUCCUGAGAAGAUAUAUCGUGGAAAUGUUAACGAGACAGCUGUACGAUUUGAGUCCUCAAGUCGUAGCUAUUGCCGAUCAGGCGUUGUAUGAAUACGUUGUGAAAAAUGAAAGUUCACACAAAUUGGGAUCCUCGUUACAUACCUCACUCAAUCAACUGGUUUUCAUCAGAUCACCAAUCAUUUUUGAACUACUAGGAACUAAGAAUGGAUUCCAACUUCUCAAUGAAAUUAAUUUUGUACAAGAGGAGAGAAAGUCAUGGCUGGCGACCAAAAACAAGGAAUACGUGUUUCUUGUUGAGAACUUUCUUGAUUAUAAUCAACAUGGUACUUUCAGUAACUCUUCUAGAAGAAUGACUGGUAUUGAUCGCUUACCUCAACAUUUUUAUGAAAGUCUUGCAAAGACAGAAGAUGGGAUAACGUUGAUCGGACAGAGCAGAGAUUUAGCUACAUUUAUCAGUAUUAUCAAGGCAUUUAGACAAACUCUGAAGUAUCCAGAAGAUGCCCCCGUCAAUGAUAUUAUCAAUUUGAAAUCUUCACUGUGGUGUGUAGGAUACAUUGGAUCCACAAUGUUGGGAAUAGGACUUUUGGAUGAAUAUUCUGUUGUGGAAGAUAUGAUUCAAAUUGCAUACUACGCCAGUAUCACAUCUGUACGUUUUACAGCACUCUUGGCUCUGGGAUUGAUCAGUAAGACUACCGAAGGAUGCGAGAUUCUAGACGAAAUGGGAUGGAGUUGUUGUCUUAACGUACAAGGCUCACCAAUGGGUAUAACUUUCCCCAGUCGUUUGGAUAAAUUUUUGUCUUACAACGAGAAACGUUGGAUUGCACAAGGUGAAUACAAAGAACCUAUAAUUGAGUUUGAUACUAAAUUUGGGCGCAUGCUUGGCGAUAUCAAACCAAUAAAUCUGAACUUGCGUGUUUUACUCGAUGAAAAAACUAUGAUGGAAAAUCCAUUGGAAGACGGUUCUUUACAAGAUUUAAUGAAGACCGAGGAAAGAUUUUAUACCAAAGCUAUAUUAAACCAACAGCGCCAAUACAGCAACGAAGAAGAAAAGAUAAUUGACGAAGUGCUUACAAUAAUAUCACAACUGGGGAAUCACAUCCUAUCAGGUAAUGCAAUUAAGGGAAUUACGGAGUUGAAUAAAAAAUACGGUUCAAGUUUAUUUGAAAGCGAAAUCAUGUUUUACAAGAUUCUUGACAUGAUGGCUCAAUACAGGUUUAAACCUCAUGUUCGAAAAUUUCUAUGUGGACUUUCCAUAAACAAGAAGGCACUAGAAAAUGUAAUUAGAGUUGAGAAAAGGAGGAAUAGUACGAAGCAAUGUUAA